AGUCUACAUCGCGUCGCCGUCGAUGCCGGGCGACGCCGCGUGCUCAUAAAAAAAUAAAUAUUGAAAUAAAAACUACUUUUAAAGUCUGUGUUAAUUACUAUAUAAAGAGUGAAUUCUAAUUUGUGCGUCACCCUGGUGAUUUAUUGGAUUGCAACUACCUUCGAAAUUCAAGAUUUUUGGAUCCACCAUUUGUUUCGAGCCGCUUCUCCAAUCCAAGGCCAUAAGUUUCUGUAAACCGGUCCGCACAACUUAAAAACAAAUGAGCAGAAUGAACGUAAGCUGAUCCCGGUCGGUGUGCAGUUAGCGUCGGUGGUCGAUAUGGGUUGGACGCGAUACAUUGCGUGCGCUCUUCUGUUGUUGUGCCCGUUAGCGUUGAGCCGGCACGACGACGACUUCGCUUUUGAUAAUAGCGAAGAAUUUCAGCUUGAACUAACAGCAAAUCAUUCAGAAAUAGCAAAAAAUGGCCUAAAAAGAUUAUGGGGUGUAGCAGACACGUCUGCGUAUGUUGGUCAUCUCUUCCGAAUGGAAAUACCAAAAGAAGCGUUCACCGGAGAAGUGUUAGCUUAUAAGGUUCGUCGUGAAGAUGACCGCCGCAUGCCCAGCUGGCUGGCCGUGGAUUCAAAGCACGGCCUGAUCAGUGGCAUUCCGCAGCCAGUAGACCUGGGCCCGCAUACCUUCACUGUUACCGCGCACGGCCGCACUCACGGCCUCACAGCCACGGAUUCCUUCACUAUAGAGGUGAAAAAAUCAGAAGAAAAACCUCAUUCUAAAUACGGCACCUGCAUCGGGAACGAAAAACAUUUGAUACUAAUCAUUCUAAUAGAUGGAGCCUUCCAACACAUAUCGUCACGACAACGGAUCCGGGCGCUCAUGGAACUCUCCAACUUCAUGGCUAUUGAUGGGGAAGAGUUCUGGAUUACGCCGUACAAAUCCGAUUCUGAGCAGACGCAGAACAUACUCAUGACGGGCCCAGGGAGUUCACAGCGAAAACGAGGCGACGCCACUACCGCUAUCUAUCUAAACGUGGGAUGUGAAGAGAAACUAUGGUCGCGGCACAAAGUCUUAGUGGCGGGUAUAAGGGAGCAAUCUCGUGACGGUACUCUUGAGCAUCUAUUACGUCUGCCGGUACUUGGUUGGAGACUUGCCGCAGCUCGUCCACUGCCGCGACAUAAACGACAGUCGAAUAUGGAUGAGGGUUCGGGUCUGGACGACAUCUAUGAUGAUGAAGGUGAUGCCGACGAUGGUGAAGAUGAUUUCAGCGGCGACGAAUAUGAUGAUGGCUAUGGAGAAGAACCUGAAGUGAAGAUAGAUCCUAUAUCGGAGCCUGUUUCGGAGCCUAGCAACGUUAAUUAUACACACGAAUUGCCACCUAUUAGUCCCAGACGAUUCCCACCAGAAAAACUAGAUUUCAUGCCAGUAGUAAUACCUACAACGCCUGAAAUAGAUUUGCAAACAGUAAUAAUACGCGAGACAUACAAUCUGCCUACGUCGUCGGAGGCACAGAUGCCGAUGACGUCAUCCGAGAUACCGUCAAGCCCGAUACCGGAAUCUACUCCGGUAUCGUCGACGUCGGUAUCUCCGGUAUCGGCAGUGAUACCACCAGUGGUAUUAACGGCGAUUAACACUACGGUGGCGAGUACUACGGAGCAAUCGACCACGCCUGUGGUCCAGUCUACGACCCAAGAGGUUCCAACAACGACGCAGGAGCCAGUCGCUUCGAGUGAGAAGUCUAGCACGAUAAUCGGACGUACGACAGAAACGGUUACUUUCCCGGCACCGGUCACGCUACCCGUGCCCGUCAAUCAACCGCCCACGCUCAAGCAUCACAUGAAGAAACUAGCCAUCACCGCCGGCAAAGCUUUCAGGUAUAUAAUACCAGCUGAUUUGUUUACCGAUCCCGAGGAGGGCAGUAACCUCACGUUCACCAUGUACGAAGCAGACAGUAUCCGCCUCAGCAAGACAUCCUGGAUACAGUUUAUACCGUCUGGCCGAGAAGUCUAUGGAUUACCAUUGGAUCGUCACGUUUCUCGCUGGAACUUCAUAGUCGAAGCUCAAGAUAGCGAAGGAUUAGUGGCGCGUGGUCCACUAGAUAUAACCGUUCAACAGCACAAGAGCGGUCGGACGAUAAACCAUAAAUUUGUCAUGGAGUUCAAGCUGCUCAGAGAUUACAAUAACACUAUAGACUGGCAGAUAAAAGCGUUGGAGGGUUUAGUGAACCUCUUCCGGGAUACAGAUAUGGAUCACUUGACGGUAUUGAAUGCGACGCAAAACGGUGACAUAUGCGAGUUUGUGUGGACCAAUGAUACGCUGCCUAAAGAUCCAGCAUGUCCGAAGGAUGAUAUAAAACGACUUAUGAAGAUAAUGGAGUCAGACAGUGAACCGGGUAGUCCGUCGGCGGGUUUAGCUCGCGCUAUGUCGCCAGAGUUGAAAGUUAGCGGUGUAUCAUGGGUGGGUGUGGGACCGUGUGCACAAGGACAAGUGCCGGUCACUAACGCCCCGGUCGAUACCUACCCACCCGUCACUAGGAACCAGGUGGACCAUCUGCGGGCCACCGCUGGACACCUGUUUGUUUACAAAGUGCCAGAGGAUACGUUCUUCGACCCCGAGGAUGGUGGCACUAGAAACUUGCAUUUGAGUCUUCGAUACGAUGACAGAUCGGAACUGCCGCCCGGACACUGGUUACAGUUCGACGCCAACAAUCAGGAGUUUUACGGGCUGCCCGCACCCGGCGACGAGGGCCGCGUGCCAUACCAACUGAUAGCUGAAGAUUCGAGUAAAAAGAACGCGUACGACAGUUUAGUAGUAGAAGUGCUCAAAGCACCACCGAUACGGCCGACUGUCGAGUUCCAAAUGACUAUGGAAUAUCCUUUCCCUAUGCUGGCAUACGAUGCUACCAACAAACGGAAGGUGGUAGAGAAACUAGCCGCUCUCUUCGGACAGAAAGACACGGACAAUAUAAGGAUCGACAAAAUCACUGACAACCCCACUACGAUUAUAUGGUACAACACCAGCUUGCCAAUGGACAGGUGCCCGAAGAAGGAGAUAGAGGAAUUACGUAAAAUGAUAAUAGUAGACUACCGAGGUUCCGCUGGUGCCCUAAAGGAAAACGUCGACCACGUGUUCGAUAAAGACCUUAAAGUUAUGUCAAUAAGGCUCAUUCCUCAAGGAUUGUGCGCUGAACAAAACACCAAAAUACCAAAGACGACUAUACAAGUCCAUCCCGCCUCUGUGAAUCACCAGAGUAGCAGUAAGACCGCUAGUGCGGAUAAUGGAUACUUGGUUACGUUCAUAAUACCAGCGGUGGUUAUCGUCUGCAUGAUAUUGGUAGCUGGAAUCAUUGCCUGUGUCCUGUACAGAAGACGACGAACAGGUAAAAUGAGCGUAGGCGACGAAGAAGAGAGACAAGCUUUCCGGUCUAAAGGCAUCCCGGUCAUAUUUCAAGAUGAACUAGAGGAGCGCACGGACACGGAACCUGUCCACAAGAGUCCCGUCAUAAUGAGGGAAGAAAAGCCCCCAUUAUUGCCCCCAGCGCCUGAUUAUAGGCCCGGGGACGAUGCUCCGUAUCGCCCUCCUCCACCCUUCGCAGCAACUAGGACCCCUCCACGGCCCAAAGCCACUCCUACAUACAGAAAACCCCCUCCAUACGUCCCGCCUUAAGACACUGCCUCACUAAGUAAGUAUUUUUAAGAUAGAAAUGCAAAAGACCCGUUAACAUGUCGAAAGUAAUAGUUAUCUCUCGUUUAAAGUAUUUCAAAAUUCGAGAGGAUUUCUAAUAAUGAGCCGUUCCUGCGGUCAUUGCUUUUGCUUAUAUUAAACCGCUACUAUUUAAAUCACUCACUACGUUAAAUUACAUUUUAUUCUUAUUUGCAAUGAUCACAGUAACGACCAUUAAAUCGACGGCAUGGAAUCGAUAUCAAAAAUUAUUCGUUAAAAAUGCCUGGCUUUCCAAUCGAAAUAACAUCAACGACUAGUCGCUUAAUUCAGUUGCCACUAUUAAUUUAUUGUGAAGUUUUUAACGAUUACCUAUAUUGACUUGGCAGCAUUUAUUUUUGUAUUUGUAUACGGUUUUUUUUAUUUAACAUAACAUGCAUUUACUAUAUGAAAAUUAUUAUUAUAAUUGGUCAAAACAAGGAAUUGUCCACGUUGUGACUUACGGUCAGUUGUACAAACGUCCAUUAAAGUUUAACGACGCCUUUAAAGACUAAUACAUGUCAAAUUUGUAUGAGUAAUGUCGCUUUAAACUAAUGGACAUUUGUGCAACUGGCUGUAAGAAUUUUCAAAUAAUAUCAUGGAUUAGCUUGUCUAAUGACAUGACAAAAAAGGUGUUGAUCCUUUCAAUUAUAUGAAAUUGGAGACUUUACAAAGACCUAACUCUAACGUUGUUGUUGAAGUAGACAAUGUUAUUUAGCUUUGUAGGUUAAGCAUUGAUCGGUACUUUAAUAAAUUAUGGUACACAACGAAGGCGACCAGCCUCGCGUUCAGUACUUCGACAAUUAUCGAAUGCAAUGUAGUUUUACACCUAUAUUGAUAUGGCACAAACGUUAAUGUCACAUGCUUAUUUGUAAAGAUAUACUAAAGGUAUAGUUAUUUACUAAUAAUUUGAAUUCGAGGAUGUAUGUUCUCCGAGAGCAGCUAUUUGCUGCAUAUCUUGUUUACUGAAACAAAUAGUUUGUAUUCAUUUCAAUUAAUUUCUCCACUUCUAAUAAUUUUAUUUAUGAAAUCAAAUUGUUAAAUAAAUAAAAACAUUAUCUCUAAUGAACUAAUACCUGUAAUAAGUGAUUCGAGCAAACCUAAUCACUCGAGAUAAGUUUUGGCUAAGUGUGUGCCAUUGAUUAAAAUUGUUAUAUAAUUAAAUAAAAAAAAAACAUAUCGAACAUGUAACGGUUUAGCCUUUAGCGUAGAUCUUCCAUACAUGAUAUGUUAGUUAGAGUGUGCGUGUAAAUGUAUAUGCGAAAUAAAGAUGUAUAUGUAGUAAAGGGUGCUGAUCUUGAUACUUGAAAGCCUGUUGUGGACAUUUAGAUCAGGAAAAAGUGACGAUACUUCGAGUAUAUGUUUAUUUUCAUCAUAAUUGAAUUGUUAAUGACGAUUUUAUUGGACGAAAAUAAAGACUGAUCUAUAUAUAAAACGUAAAUCUAAAUUAUUUUCAUUUUCUCUUUGAAAAGAUUAAUUGUCAAUUUAAUGUAUUUCAACGAAGUAUGAUACGAUAAUGAAACGUAACUAUGCCAUCAUAAGAAUGACCUUAACAGGCUUUCAUCGCGCCGAUAUUGAAACGAAUCGCUGUUUAUUGCAUGGUUAAAACGAAACGAUUAGAUGAUGUGUACACUAUUCAAUAAAAUUAACUUAAUGUCGUAAUGAAUUAUACAACUGACUCUAGUUAUAGGCUAUGAAUAGAUAUUUUAAGGGUGAAAUAUCAUUUUGUACUUGUCUAAUUAAUUAUUACCAUAGGUAUAAGGUUAACAAAUGUAAACUAUAGGGACUAUUGAACGAAAUGAGCUAAAAAUGUAUUUAAUUUUUUAUUUGGAUGUGUUUUUUUUCUACUGUAUACUAUUGUAGAGUUCUGCAUUUAUAGAUCUUUUUAGCGUUAUUGAUAUACAAUAUGAAGUUGUUUGCCAUCAUUUACUUUGUUUUUCUUAUUUCGAUAAUUCAAUGUACUUAAAUGUAAUGUCCACAUUAAACCGUACCAUUUUCAUCAUUUUAUUAUAUUUUCUUGUUUUUUGCUAUACUUUUACUUUAAACACUUUUCAUUGGAUACGCACACAUAUAUAUUAUUUAUGAGCUUUUAUUUUGAAAUAAUUAAAUUGAUCUAGUG